GAGAGAGCGGAUCUUUGUGACAUUAUUAUAUUUGGGAGUUCCCGGACCUUGGUGAUUAUGCCUAUGGAGCUAAUGCAGAACCGGAUAAAGAAGAUCUGGCUGCCCAAAGAUGAGGAGCCGCUGCUGCUUAUGAAUGUGGGUGGACCUCAGCUUGCCAACUCCCCAACUGUGAUUGUAAUGGUUGGACUACCAGCCCGUGGAAAGACUUACAUAUCGAAGAAGCUGACACGUUACCUCAACUGGAGUGGAGUACCUACAAAAGUGUUCAAUGUUGGGGAGUACAGACGUGAAGCUGUUAGAGAAUUUAGUUCUUAUGACUUUUUCCGCUGUGACAACCAAGAAGCCAUGAAAGUCAGAAGACAAUGUGCCUUGGCUGCUUUAGCAGAUGUGAAAUGCUACCUGACUGAGGAAGGUGGACAGAUUGCUGUCUUUGAUGCCACAAAUACAACCAGAGAAAGAAGAGGAUUGAUUGUUGAUUUUGCCAAAGAGAAUGACUUUAAGGUGUUCUUUAUUGAAUCUGUCUGUGAUGAUCCAUCAGUUGUUGCUAGUAAUGUUUUGGAUGUUAAACUGUCCAGCCCAGACUACAAAGGUUGUUCAUCAAAAGAGGCUUUGGAUGACUUUAUGAAAAGAAUAAGCUGCUACAAGAACAUGUAUGAACCUCUUGAUCCAGAUGGUUAUGACAGAGAUCUCUCUAUGAUCAUUGUCAUUGAUGUUGGCCGAAGGUUUUUGGUGAACAAAGUUCAGGAUCAUAUCCAAAGCAAGAUUGUAUAUUAUCUAAUGAACAUCCACGUCCAGCCUCGCUGCAUCUAUUUGUGCCGAGCCGGUGAAAGCGAGAGCAACGUCAAAGGGAAAAUUGGUGGCGAUUCUGGGUUGUCCCAGCGAGGCAAAAAGUUUUCCAUUGCCCUGAAAAAAUAUGUUGAAGAUCAGAACUUGAAGGAACUUAAAGUGUGGACCAGUCAGUUGAAGAGAACCAUCCAGACUGCAGAAGCUCUGAAAAUGCCCUAUGAGCAGUGGAAAGCUUUAAAUGAACUGGAUGCAGGAGUGUGUGAAGAUAAGACCUAUGAUGAAAUCAAAGAGCAAUAUCCUGAAGAAUAUGUGCUGCGUGCACAGGAUAAAUACUAUUAUCGCUACCCAUCAGGAGAGUCUUAUCAAGAUCUUGUCCAGCGUCUGGAACCUGUUAUAAUGGAACUUGAGCGGCAGGGAAAUAUCCUAGUUAUUUGUCAUCAGGCAAUUAUGAGAUGCCUUCUGUCUUAUUUUCUGGAUAAAUCUGCAGAUGAGAUGCCAUAUCUUAAAUGUCCGCUGCAUACAAUGCUUAAACUGACUCCAUAUGCAUAUGGCUGCCAUGUGGAGACGGUUACGUUCAAUGUGGAUGCUGUUAACACUCACUUUGAAAGACCAGAAGAGAGCAAGAAAACCCCUGCCCCACUGAUGAGACGCAACAGUGUUACACCUCUAGCCAGUCCUGAACCAAAUAAGAAGGCACGACUCAAUAGCUUUGAGGAUCUUGCUGCUGCGCUAUCUGGUUGUGCAGCUCAGGAGCCACCUACUGUACAGGCUACACAGCCUUUGCUAGGAAAGGCUUGUCUGCUAUCAGUUGUCCAUUACAUCAGUACCUUGUUUUUAUUUCGAAGGGUGUGAGUCAUCCCGAGCAGCACUGACGGUCCUUAAAGGACAAGACCAUGAUCAAUGAACAUCUUACCCUCCGCUGCAUUCCAUUUUCCAUGUUUAACACAUGCUUACAAACUUUUUCACUGGACUCGAAUGUCUGAGCCUGCAGCUGCUUGUAUGUCUGAACAAAUUUAAAUCAAACUGGAAAGGGAGACAGACACCAAAGCAAGUUUGCUAUGUCUCUAAGAAAUGAAGAAGCCUCCGGUCAUUUCAACAGUGGGGUGUACAGCUGGAGCUGCUCGUACGCCGCCAAAUCUUUAUUUUACUUAUGUGUGUGUUUUUUUGUUACCUUUUUUUAUUUUUUGUAGACCUAGUACAGUUUAUUUUAUUAUUCUUCUGUUUUAGAAAGUAUUAACCAAAACAGCAAAAAUACAGUUGAAUUAAAUGUAGAUAAU